AUGUCCGUGGACGAGAAGAACCUUCAGGACUUUGAGAGCUCGGCCGCCUCGUCCGACUCUCGCGCUGAUACGGGCAACAUCGACGCCGCGUGGAAGUUCCUCAACGACCAUCGCGAUGCCGGCACCGACACAAGCUCCGUGGACAUGAACGCGCUCAGGCGCAAGAUCGACUGGCGCCUUGUCCCCCUCAUGUUCCUCUGCUACACCAUGCAGUUCCUGGACAAGGUCAUUCUCAACUACGCCGCCGUCAUGGGCUUGAGCAAGGACCUGAAGCUCGUCGGCAACGAGUUCUCCAACAUUGCCACUUUCCUCUUUGUCGGUCUUCUUUGCUUUGAGGUUCCCAACAUCUACUUCCUCCAGAUGGUCCCCGCGGCCAAGUGGUUGGGCCUCAACGUCAUCCUCUGGGGCACCGCGACCGCCUGCGGUGCCGCCGCCCACAACUACCAGUCCCUACUCGUCUCCCGUGUCUUCCUGGGUAUCUUCGAGGCCACCAUCGGCCCCUCCCUGAUGCUCAUCAGCGCCCAGUGGUACACCAAGUCCGAGCAGGCCCCGCGCUUCUCCUUCUGGUACCUGGGUCUCGGCCUCGGCCAGAUCCUCGGCGGCGCCAUCUCCUACGGCUUCCAGCACAUCGCUCCCGGCGCGGGCCUCGCCGGCUGGCGCAUCAUGUUCGUCGUCCUCGGCUGCCUGACCGUCACCAUUGGCAUCUGCACCGUUCUCUUCGUCCCGGACACGCCCAUGCAGGCCCGCUGGCUGAGCGACACCGAGAAAGUUGCCCUGCUGAAGCACGUCAGCGUCAACCAGACCGGUAUCGAGAGCCGCAAGUUCCGCCCCAAGCAGAUCCUCGAGGCUCUCAUGGACCCCCAGAUGUACCUCAUGGUCGUCGCCGUCGUUCUCCUGUCCGUUUCCAGCGGUGUUGUCACGACCUACUCUGCCACUCUCAUCCGCAACCUCGGCUACGACUCCAAGCACGCCGCUCUGAUGAACAUGCCUUCCGGUGUUGUGAGCAUCUUCUUCACUCUUCUCGUCGGAUACGGAAUUCGUCACACGUCCAACCGGUGGGCUUGGAUCGUCGCCUGCAUCAUCCCAGCCAUCAUUGGUGGCGCUCUGAUGUCUUUCCUUCCCGUUAGCAACCGCUCUGGUUGCUUGGCCGGCAUCUACCUCGUCAACGCCGUCGUUGCCCCCUUGACCGUCUUCUACGCCUGGACUGCCGCCAACUUUGGAGGUGCCACCAAGCGUGCCUUUGCUGCCGCCAUCGUCUCCGGCUCCUUCUCGCUCGGCAACAUCAUCGGACCCCAGACCUUCCAGGCCAAGGACGCGCCCGAGUACCGCCCGGCCAAGAUCGCCGUCAUGGGCACCCAGGCCGGCUGCGCCGUCGUCACCCUGGCGCUGUACGCCUACUACCGCUACGAGAACAAGCGCCGCGGUGCCAUCAAGCAGUCCGAGGACGCCUACAUGGCCCCCGAGAACUGGCAGUCAAUGACUGACAAGGAGAACAAGUCGUUCCGCUACACUUACUAA